AUGUCAGCUCCAGAGGUUCACGAUGUACCGACAAUGAGUAAACUGACCAGCUCGGAACUUAUUCGCUUGAUCUUGCAGGAAUCUCCACCUGCCAACAGCGAUGAGCUUGGCCAUGUAUUAUCGUUGAUCUUCAAGUCCUAUAACCGCAAGGUCCCAAAAGCAAAGGAUCUUCAAGUUUCGUUGAAGAAAAUCCACCCCGAUACCAGGGUCGAAGCAUUUCAGCAAAUUCAAAACGAAUCAAUCCUCGUACCGCUUUAUGACACGCAAGCACGCCGUUGGAACUGGCCACUCCCAGAGUCACAUUUAGACAAACUUCCUGGACAAAAAAGAGAACUAGUGGAACUACGAAUGAGAAGUCGGGAGAUUGGAUUUUCGUCGAUGACACUGGCUGCACCUGUUGCCUCUAGCCAGCCUGAGGAUGACGAAAUGUCCGAGUCUAUGAAUGCCAGCUCUGCCAGUGUCCAACACGAAAGUGACAGUGGUGGCAGAACCCCAGUACUCCAGCCAUGGACAACGGAACAGAUUUUUGCAUCCUUUUACAAUGUCCUUUCCAUCGCCCUCCUCCUGCGACGGCCUGAACUCGCUCAGAAGCGCAUCUUAUCUCGUGUCUGGAGCGCAUCAAACUCCUCACGCCCAGUACCCGGCGAUGCAAUGGCGCGCAAACCAGACCUCACCUUACUUGAUGAUAUCGAGGCUAGAUGGGACACAAUCAAGGCCGUAUGCAAGCUGACUUCGAGUGCCUACUUACCUUCAAAUCCCCUUGCCAAAACUCUCGACUCCAAGGCGUAUCUGCUUCUCAAACACCAACCGUGGAGACGCUUCGCACUGUUGGUCUCCAUCUGCAAUGGGUAUCGCGAGCUUCGCAUCCACCUAUAUGACCACUCGGGUGGUGUUGUCAGCCCUUGCAUAAACAUCGAUCGAGAGCCAGACAAGUUCUUACAGAUUUUUUCGUCCAUUGUCUUCGGCAAUCUCGAGUGCAUCGGGUUCGACCCCACGAUCAGUAUAUUGAAACACACACUUCACCGCACGCAUCGACCCCCUGAUUUCCGCCCCGCCAAACACUCACGCUCACCUGCUCCGCACCAGACUGCUACCUUAGCAAUCCCAGAUGCACUGAUCGUGGAAAGCGAGACCACCACAAUUGAAGAGAUCGUGAACAAACCCCCAUACACCACAGAGGAUGCGGAGCGCAAACCUGCAGCCAACAUCCCUCCAAGCAUGGUCCCCCCCUGCCUCGUUGGUCGUGGCACAACGUGCUAUCUGGCCAGGAAGGACGAUGAAGAGUACAUAAUUAAAGAUCACUGGGUUCUUGGCAGUGAAUCGGAGGUCCUCAACGAAAUUUGUAUGAUGAAGAAGAUGGAUGGGCUCCGUGGUGUUCCUCACCUUGUUGAAUAUUGGCUUGUGGAGAUGGAGCCUGGCGAGGUUGACGAGACGGUGAAGUAUCGUCAAAAGAUCACGCGCAGCUUACAGGGCACCUCCCAUACGCAUGUUCGCAUGGUUUUGAAGCCCCGUGCGCGACCCUUGUAUCAAUUCCGUUCACGUUUGGAGUUCUUGACUGCGAUACGGGACAUCUUGAAGGUCCAGAAGUUUGCGGUAGAGCAGAGGCAUAUCCUUCAUCGUGAUUGCAGUUUGAACAACGCGAUGAUUGGGGAUGAUGAUGGCGGGAAGUGA